UUCCUUUCAUUCACGCAGAUGUCUAAUUCCUUUCAUUCACGCAGAUGUCUAAUUCCUUUCAUUCACGCAGAUGUCUAAUUUCUUUCAUUCACGCAGAUGUCUAAUUUCUUUCAUUCACGCAGAUGUCUAAUUCCUUUCAUUCACGCAGAUGUCUAAUUCCUUUCAUUCACGCAGAUGUCUAAUUUCUUUCAUUCACGCAGAUGUCUAAUUUCAAGAUAUAAUCGGGAUCUUUCAUUUUUAAAAGUAAGAGUUUGAGGGAGGAUGUGAAUGUAUUUGAAAAUUAUUCUUUAGUCUGAGCCUACACAGAAUCCAACAAUUCACAUGCAUUCAUUCACGUCAAUACACACUCAAGCCUUGUAAGGACUAAGAAUUGCUGUUUUGACCGAAUAAAGGAAAUUAACAAAAGCGAUGGAGAACUCAACGCAAAUUGAGUUCUUUUAUCUAUGUGGCUUACAAGAGACAUUUAACAACAAAUCAGUCUAUUUUACCUUGUCUCUUAUCACCUACCUUCUCAUCAUCACUGGGAAUCUGACUCUGAUCAUAACAAUCAUUCAGGAGAAAGGCCUCCAUGAGCCCAUGUACAUCUUUCUGUGUAGUCUAUGUGUCAAUGGAUUGUACGGAACCGCUGGUUUCUACCCCAAGUUCUUACUGGACCUUCAGUCAGAUGUUCAGGUGAUAUCUUAUGGUGGAUGUUUGACUCAGGCCUAUGUAAUAUACACAUCUGUCAUGUGUGAAGUUUCAAUUCUAACAGUGAUGUCUUACGACAGGUAUGUGGCAAUAUCCAGACCAUUACUAUACCAUACCAUUGUGACAUCUUUAACUGUUAGAAAGUUACUCUUAUUGUCUUGGUGUUAUCCUUUAUUUAUAGCACUCAUAACAGUUAUUUUAACGGUCAGAGUUCCUUUGUGUGGAUCUCGCAUUGAUAAAAUCUUCUGUGACAAUCCGUCUAUAUUGAAGCAUUCAUGUUCACCCAUAACCAUCAAUCAUAUUUUGAGCUAUUGUAUAAUAGUGCUUCAUGUUUUACAGAUACUUUUCAUUGCCUUUUCUUACUGUCAGAUUGUAAGGACUUGUGUAAAGUCAGCUGAGGGAAGGAUUAAGUUCACACAGACAUGUGUGCCACAUUUAUUGACAAUGGUUAUUUUCAUCACAGUGACCCUGUUUGACAUUUUGCAAGGGUGGAAUAGUGAUGUUAAUAUUACACUAAAUAUGCGUAAUGCAAUGGGUGUACAAUUCCUUGUUAUACCACCUGUCUUAAACCCUGUCAUAUAUGGACUUAAUCUCCAGCAGAUUCGAAGUGCAGUUUUUAAAAUGUGUAAUACACAUAAAAUCAUUGAUAUGACACAUUAGUUACAUGAUCUUACACAACAGGGAAACUUCCUGAUAUCAGAAGGUAAAAUCUGCCAAAACUGUUGCAAGGUUAAAUGGGCCCUCAUUUCUUGGUAUCUAUUGCCCUCUUCUGGGAAAGUGAUUUACAAAUAUUCCAAGAAUAGAGUAAUUGUAGCACACUUCCUGAGCAGGAAA